AUGAAAUCCGCUCCCUUGUUGCUCGCCAGUCUGGCUAGUCUGGCUUUUGCGGGGCCGAUUCGCGAGCGACAAAAUACGCCGACGAACAAGCCAAAGAAGGAGUGCGCUGCUGAACAUGGCCCGGGAGUUGUCAGCACGAAUGCCGAUGUCACAAAGAAUGGCACGCCCCUGGAACUGGCACCUGCUGUUGACGACGGUGUAACGCCUGCUUCAAUAAAGGCAGUCGAAGAGUUCUGCAGUUACGUCGCUAGGGCUGGGGGGAAUUGCAAUAAUACCUUCGAAUUUUGCUAUGGAAAUGUAGGCCACGAGGGCUUUACCUUCGAAGUCCUUCAGUGCCUCAAGAAGUACUAUCCGGACAUAUCCUCUCCCGCCACUCCCGCUCAGCCAAGCGAGACAGCAACAUCAAGCUAA